AUGGCUUACCAAGCCACUGACAUGGAUGAAAUCAUCGCCGGUUUGAAGAACGCGACGCUAGAGAAAAGCUCGGAUCGUGCCCUGCCAUUGCUGAAGCAGAUUUCAGAUGCAGAAACAAAUCUCUGUGAUAAAUAUGACAUUAAAAACGAUUUACUUGACUUGCUGCAGUUAGACGAUGUCAAGGUGCACGUGCAGGUGGCGCGAUGCAUUGCCGAAGUCGCGAAAACCGAUAAUCAACGAACAAAGUUUUCCAAAGAAGACGUCAUACGGCGACUAACGGCGUUACUCCGGGUUCCGGCAGCGACUGAAAAGGAUAAUAAUACUGCGGACACAUCCCUCGAGCUCGCCACUCAGCUGUGCCGAGCACUUGGCAAUAUUUGCUAUGCGAACGAUGAUGCCCGGAGCAUUAUUAAGGAACUGGGCGCGGACGAGCGUAUCUUUGCGCUGCUCGAUUAUGACGUUGACACCGACGACGAGGAUCAAGAUCAGUUUGUCCGCGUUAGAUGUGGUCUUAUUUCGAACUACCUCCUCGGCAGUGACGAUAUUGCUGAACGGGCUGUCGAGCUGAAGCUGACCGAUAAGUUGGAAAAAAUAUUGACCCGAUGCCUGGUGAAUGUGGACCAGCACGAGGAGCUGUUACUCAGUAUACUGCCGCCGUUAAGUAUUCUCACCGAGCAGAUAAGCGACCUGUAUUUUUCGCCUUCGCUAAACAAAACAAUUGCCAAGAUCCUGGCCAAAUGCACGAAUCCCGAUAUCGCUGAGUCGUGCCUCGCUCUGCUACACUACGAGGCACAGAGUGACGAUGUCAAGCUGCUGCUGGCUGAAGAGGGUCUUUGCGAAACCAUUUACCAACUAUUGGAGAAGUACAAAACGUUCGCUAAUACCGACGAAGCGCGUGUACUUAUGAAGCUGGCGUGCGAUUUAAUCGUUCUCAUUCUUACCGGAGAUAAAUCGAUGCAUUACCUGUACACGACACCGCUGCUGAAGUGCAUGGAAGAUUGGCUGGAUUCGAACGAUGUGGAGCUGCUUACCACCGGAGUACUUGCCCUAGGCAACUUUGCCCGCACCGACAGUCAUUGCAUUCAUAUGGUUGAGAAGAAAAUUAUGCACAAGCUACUAUCUGUCUUAGCCAAAAACAAUGAAACACACCAUCAGAUGACACUUCAACACGCGCUGCUGAGUACGCUGAAAAAUUUAGUAAUACCUAAACCAAACAAGGCCGCCGUCAUUGAGGCUGGUUUGGUGGAUAUUAUACUACCGAUGCUGGAAAUACACCAAGCGCCUGUCGUUUUCAAGCUUCUCGGCACGUUGCGAAUGACCGUUGACGGACAAGAAAAAUUGGCAUCCGAGCUGUUGCAAAACGAAAAACUAGUUAAGCAGUUGGUGCACUGGAGUCAAACUUCAGAAUUUACCGGCGUACUCGGAGAGUCCUUGCGGUUGAUGGCGUGGCUCAUCAAGAAUGCGUACCAUCGAAAGGACAGCGAACAACCGGUUCCGGACGACACCGGAUUACGGAAGUUUGUCGCGAUUGAGGGGGCAGUCGCUAGCAUGGUCGGAAUGAUCGCGUCGACGCAUUUGGUGAUGCAAACCGAAGCACUGAUUGCGCUAAGCGUGCUGACGACAAUCUUCCACAGCAAAAGCGCGACAGAAAGCAAAACGUUGGACGAUUUGCUGAUACAAGCGAACGUCGCUGCGAAACUUGCUGAACAAAUCACCCUCAAUGGAGAAUCAAUGACGUAGGAGCUUGUAGAGAACUUACAAACGUUCGUAAAACAGCUGCACAAUUCGAGCGACGGGCUGGUGGCGCACUUGCGGGAGCACAAUAUUGAUGAACUGUUAAAAACCAUCCCUAGUCUGGUGGAAUAUUGUACACUAUGAACUAGUUUACGCUUGAUUCCCGUCUUUACCAGUUUGUGAAUUUUCCUUUUAGUAUUUAGCCUUUUCUCAGUUUAAAGUGUUCGAUCAUACGCACAAACACUUAACCAGUGAAGUAGGCUUCGUUUCAAACGAUAGUCACACAAAGGACCAGUAUGUAUU